UUUCGUCUUUUGUCGAGUGAAUACAUUGCUAAAUGCAGCAUGACUUCGUAUCCGAAAGCGACACACGGGCAGUCCAAAUGUUCAACGAGGCCUCGAAAAAGGAAAUCUCCUUGGAGUAAAGAUCAAGAAAAUGAAGCCAAAGAAAAGGAAAUUAGUAAUACGAGUGCUUCCAGUAAAAAACUAAGCAGUGCUAAUGUUUUUGACGCAGAAGUGAAUAGGACUCAUGCGUAUAAAAUUACAGAUUUUCUGAGCGUUUUUCAAACGCUCGCGCAACUGCUUAUAUGUCGAAAGUGCUUGAAAAAUGUCGAAUUUAGAGAAUCGGGAAUUCGUGGUUUCGGUUUUAAGAUAGUUGUGUUGUGUUCUUGUGGCUCUACACAGAUUGAUUCUGGACCUCUUAUAAAUACCGGUUAUGAAAUUAACAGAAGAAUAGUUUUUGUUAUGAGACUUUUAGGCAUCGGACAAGAAGGCAUCAAUAUUUUUGCUGGACUUAUGGAUCUCGGUACAGGUUUGAGUAACAGUGCGUACGAGAAAAUUGUGAAACACCUGUAUGAUGCAGUAAAGUUUGUCUUUGAUGCUACAUGUCUGAAAGCAGUUGAUGAAGAAAAAAAAUUAAAUGAAGAAAAUGGAAGACCAAAAUCAAAAUUUUAUGUGUCUGGGGAUGGAUCGUGGAAGAAAAGAGGUUUUACGUCGCUGUUAGGUGUUGUAACUCUAAUUGGUAAUUUAACCGGAAAAGUAAUCGAUCUUGUUAUUAAAAGUUCAAUAUGUAAGGGUUGCACGUCAUGGAAACCAAAAGAAGGUACUGAUGAAUAUACUGAGUGGUACGAAAAGCACGAAGAUGAAUGCCUAUUAAAUCAUUCCGGUUCAUCAGGGAAAAUGGAAGUCGAUUCCAUGAAAGAAAUGUUUUCCAGAUCAGAAGAAAAGUAUGGCGUUCAGUACGUGAAUUAUAUAGGCGAUGGCGACUCAAAAACCUUCAAAGCCAUCUUAGACUUGAAUCCGUACGGCAAUGACUGUCCUGUGAAAAAAAGUGAAUGCGUUGGGCAUGUCGAGAAACGAAUGGGCACAAGACUUCGAAAUGUAAAAAAAGAUAAGAAGCUCGGAGGACGUGGAAUGUUGACCGAUGUACUGAUAAAAAAAAUAACUCGAUACUACGGAUUAGCCAUACGUCGAAAUACUGAUUCGGUCCAGGGCAUGAAAAAAGCCAUUCAAGCAACACUCGAUCAUCUAACAUCCACCGACGAGACACCGAAACACGGAAAUUGUCCGGCUGGAGCUGAUAGCUGGUGUAAGUGGCGCAAGGCUGAGGCAGCAGGUUGUGCAGCGUCAUUUAAACAUCCCCCUCCUCUUCACCCAAAUGUUGAGAAACAUUUGCAACCGAUCUUCGACGAUCUUUCGAAUGACAGUCUUUUGGAAAGGUGUUUAGGCGGUUACACACAGAAUGCAAAUGAAAGUUUCAAUUCUACCGUUUGGCGUUUAUCGCCUAAACACAUUCACAGUGGAGCAAAAAUCGUCUGCAUUGCUGCGUAUAUUGCUGCAUCGAUAUUUAACGAAGGCUACAAUGCAGUGUUAAUGAUAAUGAACAAAUUGGAUAUCGAAAUUGGGAUCCAGGCACACAAUUUUGCCAUAACGAAGGACGAGAAGCGAAUAAACAGACAGAACCGCCGAAGCUAUAGCAGCUCAAAAGAGGCAAGAACGGCUCGUAGGAUGGAGAUGAUGGCUCAAAACGAGUUCUACGAGGAAGUGGAAGGACUACUUUAUGCAGCUGGAAUCGCUGAUUAGCGUGAGACUGCCAUCAAAAUUAAGGGUGAAACCUCCUUUACACGGUCGAAAAAUACAUGAUUUUCACGAAUUUUUUUCUCGGGUAUAAUAACUUGAAACGUUUUGAAAUUUUUAUGACAAUUUAAUACACAAUCAAAGAGUACACAGGAAUUU